AGGAGGUAGGAGGAGGAGGAAGAGAAGGUCCCUAGGUUAGGAGAAUGGGAGGGUAAAGAGGGUGGCCAGACGGCGGAGGCGAGGAGGGGCAUGGAGCGUGGCUGCGGAAUGGAGGAGGAGAGGGUUAGGGCUGGGGUUAGAGGAGCUGGGGGCUACCGUAGGAGGAGCAGGAUGGACGCGGCACGUGGACCCGGAGGGUAGGAUGCCUUGGAUGCGCUGUGUGUUGCAGGCCGGACAGCAUGACGAAAGCAUGACGGCAUGACGGUUGGGAGGACGCGCGAUUAAGGACAAAACACACGGGGGGGAGCAAGUCCGGAACUGCUCAAUCGGAAGAGCGAGCGGGGAUUUCGUUUUGUGCUUGUACCAUUGUUGUGCCUUUGUCUGUGUAGGCUUGUAAUUGUACGGGCUACGGGGCCUGCCAUCUGGUGCGCUGCUGCAUAUAUAAAAAUCUGUUGAAAGGAGCAGCCUACGCCGCUCACAGUGCUGAGGGGGUAUUGGGGUUUCGCAUUUAGGACUUGCAAUCCGGAGGGGAAUGAAUCACGGCAGAGCCGGACGGCGAGCGGUCGUUGGACGGGGCGCGCGGUCUGCUUACUUGUUAGCGAAUUCCAAAAGUGGUAUUGCUCUUGUGUAUGCUUGGCAAAUAAUAGCUUUGUUAUUUGUCACGUUAUGAGCGUUGCCACUAUCCUCAGCUCCCAGCAGCAGCUGACUGUGAUAGCCCUACAUAGCACACCGUGUUUGCCUUUUAACGUCUUCUACUGUCAGCGUAUAAACUUAUAGGUGACAACAUCUAAACCUAUGAACCGAGCUUUGAGGUAGCUCAGCAAGCCAAGGCCAGGCCAAGGCGAGGCCAGGCCUCGCAAGCGCAUCGUAGCGGCAUUCAUAGGUUACCAAUGUCACCGUUUUGUUGCUGCUUUGGGCGACGCACUACGAACCGGCGGUCAACUGGGCGGUCGCAUGAAGCAGCGGGGAAAACCAAGGAUGGCGAGCUGCAGUCCCCGCUGUCCUGUAACAGCUUCACAUCAGAAUAUUAUGAUGCCCAAGAGCAUUUUCCUGCGGGUGAAGCGUCGAGCCCGACUUGUAGCACCGCACCUCGCCACUCCAUAGGCCAAGAAAAAGGCCUUGAUGAGGCUCACGGUCCCGGUCCCCACCACCACCACCACCACCGCUACCCUCCCUCCUCACACCUAUGCGGCGUGGACGCUGCCGUGUCCCUUGACACCUGUCCCUCCACCCCUCCCCACCACGCCGGCCUCGUCGCCACCACCACCACCAGCACCACCACCACCACCGGCGGCGACACCGCCAGCAGUUGCAUCCCCCCGGACGCGGCCGCACGCGGCUUCAGCUGUCACCUGGUGGGCAGCAGCGAGGCCUCGGAGGAGCCGCUGCAGGCGGCCGGGGGGCCCAUUGCCAAGCUAGCCAGCUGCCUCACCAUCCUCGACAACAUCCGCAUGCCCGCGCUGCCCACGUUACCGACCCUGCCCGCACUGCCCGGCGCCGCUGCGUUUGCGGGCAGCUUGCCGUUCAUUGCAGGCGGUGGGCCCUGUGCGGGAGGCGGGGGGGAGGCGGCGGAGGCGCAGCUGCAGCAGCAGCCGGGGGUUGUAGGCGGGGUGGAGGAGGGGCCGGCGGGAGGGGCAGCGGGAGGGAGGCCGACGGCGAGGAGUUUGGGCGGGAAGCUGGAGCCGGGUUGCACAUUGCGGCGGCGCGACAUGUCCGAAAGCGUGCUGGAGGUGCGGGAGGCCUGGGAGCCCUGCAGCCAGGACGAGGGCGGCGGCGGCGCGGGGCCGCAGCAGCCCCCCUGCACCUCCGGCCGCCCCUUCAUGGUGCGCGGCCCAGACUACAUGAAGACGCGCGUCAAGAUCCCCAGCCGCCCCGCGCUGUACCGGCUGCUGGCUGCUGACGUCAUCAGCACCGACACCAAGAUGACGCACGUGGCGCGACUAGUGAACCUGCAGCAGCUGCUGCGGCCGGCACUCGCGGCGGACCCGCACCUGCCGCCUCUGCUGAUCUUCACCAUCAUGCUGCCCAUGUACCCGGCUACGUUGUUCGGCGGCAACGACGGUCAGAGUCAGAGCCUGGUGUACUACUUUGGGCUGCCUCCGGACUUCAAACCCGCCGAGUACGAAAACCAGACGGCGCUAGCGCUGCUGCGGCGAUUCGUCACCAACGGCCGGGAGGCUGACGGCAGCCCCACCCGCGACAGGUUGAAAAUCAUUCCGCGUGUGGUGAACGUGGACGAGUGGGCCCAGAAGGGGCCGCUCAGUCCCGCGGAGCACAAGCUGCUCGCAGCGUACAACGACAAGCCCGUGCUGGCUCGUCCGCAGCACCACUUCUUCACCGGUCCGGGCUACUUGGAGGUUGACGUGGACAUCCACUGCUACCAGUUCCUGGCGCGCAAGGCGCUGUGCUCCUUCUUCACAAGGCUGCAGGAAGUCAUCUUUGAGAACGCCAUCGUGAUCCAGGGCAACAGCCCCGAGGAGCUGCCGGAGCAGGUGCUGGCCGCCGUGCGCAUGUACCGGGUGGAUCUGCUGCGGAGCCGCCCGCUGAGGAACUUCAUCGCGCAGCAGCACCCCGCGCAGCCGCAGGGGCAGCAGGGACAGCACCAGCAGCAGCAGCUACCACAGCAGCCCUCUGUCGAUGGCUCCCAACUACAAGCAUCCGCGGUACGGCAGCAGCCGUCCUGUGGCGGUGGGGCUGUAGCGGCUGAGGAGGUGGUGGUAGGCGAGGUGGGUGCGGAGGCGUCUGGAGGCGUGGGAAGAGGAGCACAGGCGUUGCCGCCGCCCAUAGCCGAAGCAGUGGAAGAGAGAUAGUGAAUGUGAUGGGUGGUCGUGGCGUGAUGUUGCAUUUGUACUGCUUAGUGUUUGCUUAGGUUCUUCUUGAUGCACAACGUAAACAAGCGAUGCUGUUUUAUUCGCAGUCUUUCUCGGUGGUGGUUUAGAUUUCAGAUAUCGGAUGGAAAGCGGGCACGCAGGAGGUGGUUAUCGUUUGGAGGUGGCGACGCGAGGGAAGUCGUCAAGCGCCGUUCUGUACGACGAAUUGCUAAGAUCCAGAUCAAAUGAGGUUGUUUUGGUUUGUACAAGACCGCCGCAAUGCCGUUGGGUCACAGUCGCGUUGUGGGUUAUGUGACUGGAAAAGAGUGGCUAUGAUUACUGCUUCCCUGUCUGUGUACUAUGGGUGUAGCAUUGGUUGUUGUACUUUGUGGAAGAUUUCAUGUGGGUCAGUUU